CCCUCCCACCCCCUCUCCCUUCAGUACAGAUCUCUCUCUCUCCUCUCCAUCGAUCCGCUCUUCAGGUUAAGGUCACAAUCUAAGACUCAUCUCAAAGUUUGCAGGCAAAAUAGGUUUUUGUUUUGUUUUGUUUACCUAAACGCAUAACUCUCACAGCAGCUGUCUUCGACUAUGGAGAACUGGGAAGAUGAUCAGAGCCCUGUCGUGAGCAACGUGACUUUUGGGAAUGCUGCGAACUCAUGGAACAGUGGCAGCCAACACAACAGCUUCAAAAGCAUGACUUACGAUGAGGAAAGUUCUUGGAAAAGUGACAGCAGUGGUUUUGGGACUCAAGGUGGAAACAGGGGUCGAGGCUCUAGGGGAGGAGGUGGAGGCUUCAGGAGCUUCAAUUCAGGAUAUGAUAACCAUGGAAACGCAGAAGUUGAUCGGGCCAUCUCAUGGAACGGUGGGCGAGACGGGUUCAUCGGGAGAGGAGGCAGAGCAGGACGAGGAGGAAGAGGAGGGUUUAGAAAUUCCUUCAACUCUGAAGGUGAUGAAAAUGACAGUCAUGACAGUUUCAAAAGUGGCAGAGGUGGGCGUGGGGGAAGAGGAGGUCGUGGAGCUUUCCAACAAGGUAGUGAUGGAGAAGGCAGAAGACACUUGGGCGGAGGUGGAGGAUAUAGAGGAAGGGAUGAGGAGGUGUUUUCUAAGGGCUCACAGAAGGGUGACAAGGAAAAAGGAGAUGGUGAGACUGCAGGGCCCAAGGUCAACUAUGUACCGCCUCCACCACCAGAAGAAGUGGACUCCAUUUUUUCCCAGUAUGCAACAGGCAUCAACUUUGACAAGUAUGAUGACAUACUUGUGGAUGUAAGCGGAAGUGACCCGCCCAAAGCAAUCAUGACCUUUGAAGAAGCACAACUUUGUGAGACUCUUAACAGAAAUGUUGCCAAGUCAGGAUACGUGAAACCUACUCCCGUUCAGAAGCAUGGCAUUCCCAUCAUAUCUGCCGGAAGGGAUCUCAUGGCUUGUGCCCAGACUGGAUCUGGCAAAACGGCCGCCUUCCUGCUGCCUAUUCUUCAGCGUCUCAUGAACGACGGUGCAGCAGCCAGCAAGUUCAGUGAGGUUCAGGAGCCUGAAGUAAUCAUCGUGGCUCCCACCAGGGAACUCAUUAAUCAGAUUUACCUAGAGGCUCGCAAGUUUGCUUAUGGCACUUGUGUUCGUCCUGUCGUCGUUUAUGGAGGCACGAGCACUGGAUUUGCAAUCCGAGAAGUGUUAAAAGGUUGUAACGUGUUGUGUGGGACCCCUGGAAGAUUGCUCGACGUUAUUGGUCGUGGAAAGGUUGGACUGAGUAAAAUUCUUUAUUUGGUGCUGGAUGAAGCUGACCGAAUGUUGGACAUGGGCUUUGAGCCGGACAUGCGAAAGCUGGUGAACUCUCCGGGAAUGCCUCCGAAAGAAGAGCGCCAAACCCUCAUGUUCAGUGCCACGUAUCCAGAGGAUAUUCAAAGGCUGGCAGCUGAUUUGCUCAAGGUGGAUUAUUUGUUUCUGGCUGUGGGAGUGGUGGGAGGAGCCUGCAGCGACGUGGAGCAGCACAUCAUUCAAGUCACUCAGUAUUCGAAGAGAGAGCAGCUGCUGGACCUGUUGAAGGCCACAGGGACGGAGAGAACAAUGGUCUUUGUUGAAACCAAAAGAAGUGCAGAUUUCAUUGCAACGUUUCUCUGUCAGGAGAAAGUGCCCACUACUAGCAUCCAUGGCGAUCGGGAACAGCGAGAGCGGGAGAAAGCUCUCAGCGACUUCCGCACUGGCCGGUGUCCUGUGCUAGUCGCUACUUCUGUUGCUGCUAGAGGACUAGACAUUGAGCAUGUCCAGCAUGUGGUGAACUUUGACCUGCCAAAAAGCAUUGAUGAGUAUGUGCACCGCAUCGGGAGAACAGGCCGAUGUGGAAACACAGGAAAAGCCGUGUCCUUUUUUGACCCGGCGCCUGAUACUCCUCUAGCUCGCUCUCUGGUCAAAGUCCUCUCAGGGGCCCAGCAGGAAGUUCCUUCAUGGCUGGAGGAAAUUGCAUUCAGCGCUCAUGGCACCACCGGGUUCAACCCACAUGGGAACGUGUUUGCCUCCUGUGACAGUCGCAGGGGUGGCUCCUUCAUGAAGAACCAGGCACCACAACCACCUGCACAGAGCACCACUGCAGAAGCUGAUGAAGACUGGGAGUAGAUUUGCUUUUAGGUUUCUUUGUGCAAUAUUCCCGUGUUCUGUUUUAUUCAUUUUUUUAUGUUAAAGAAAAGAAGCCUGUGGGCCCCAAAUAGAGAUGUUGAGAAAAUGUAGAGAGUGGCAGGCUUCACAAUUUAAGUGCAAACACACAAAAUGCCUGACAUUAAUGUUUUUCAUUUGGGUUUUCUGCAGUAGAAGUCACUGUGGAUUAUUCAGUCCACAAAAGUACAUUGAAGGUCACGUCGCAUUUUGAACAGUAUAUUUGUGCGACGGCAUUUGUUAUCUAGAAAAAAGUUGUUUUGCCAGUGUCAUAUUCCAAUAAAUUGUUUACCGUUG